GUAUUUAUGUGUUAUAUUAUGUCUUGUACAUGCAGUCAGUCUUUUAGAAACUCCCUCAGCUGCUGAUGAAGAUGAUGAUGAAGAUCUCGCGGGUUUAAGUCAGCAGCUGUCUCCCGUUGCUCCGGUGUUCGGUGGAUGUGAUCAGCGUCGCGUGUUCCGGUGUUUCCGGUGUGACGGAGCGGAGCGCGCCAGCGGCAGAAGCGGUGAGUCAGCGCGCGGCGCGGCGGACGGAACAUGGCAACCGAAGCGCCGCUGCCGGUGACCGGAGGACGGCCGCGAGCCCUGUGAGAUGGACGAGAGGAGCUCGACACGGAGACAAACGCACGAGAAAACGUCUCGCACCCUCGCGUUCGGUUCUGUCGCAUUUUCCCCGCGCGUCCCGAGCGGCGGCGGUUUACCGAUCAUCACCGGAGAUCCGGCCGUAAAGACUGCGCUUCACCGAAACACGCUGCCGUUAUUCCGUCGGUUCUGAUCACGAAGAAGGACGAAACAUGAGAUCUACUGUGAGCCCGGAGCGCCGCUCGCCGACAUCAAGAUCAGUGAGCAGAGCAUCUGUCAGGCUCGUGCCUCUGUCAUGGUCUACGACGACACCAGUAAAAAAUGGGUGCCGAUCAAACCGGGUCAGCAGGGCUUCAGUCGAAUCAACAUCUACCACAACACGAGCAGCAACACCUUCCGCGUGGUGGGAGUCAAACUGCAGGACCAACAGGUGGUCAUCAACUACUCCAUCGUGAAGGGGCUGAAGUAUAACCAGGCCACACCCACCUUCCAUCAGUGGCGUGAUGCGCGGCAGGUCUACGGACUCAACUUCGCCAGUAAAGAAGAGGCCACCACCUUCUCCAACGCCAUGCUGUUCGCCCUCAACCUGCUGAGCAGCCAGGACGGAGGUCCAGCUGUUCAGCGUCAAGUCCAGAACGGGCCGAGUUCAGAAGAGCUGGAGGUCCAGAGACGGCAAAUGGAGAUGCAGCAGCAGCAGAUGCAGGCUCACAUCGAGCGGGAGAGACGGUCGUCUAACUCAGGUUCCCCGUUUCAGGGUCACCCUGCAGUGCUGUCUGUAGCUCCUCCCAUUGUGGCCCCGCCUCCUUUGUUGAUGGGCGGUCCCUGUCCCCCUCCGCCUCCCCCCCCUGGGCCGCCUCCCCCUUCUGCCGGAGCUCCGCCCCCUCCUCCGCCUCCUCUGCCUGUGGGUGGGUACGGAGGCCACGCCCAGGACGAUAGCAACGCCCCCACGGGUCUGGCCGCCAUGAUCGCCGGAGCCAAACUGCGCCGAGUGCAGCGGCCGGAGGAGAACUCUACGUCUGGAGCCAAAAACGAAGCCAACCGAACCAGUGGAGGCAGCGGAGGACUGAUGGAGGAGAUGAACGCUCUGCUCGCUCGCAGACGGAAAGCAGCAGACGAGAAGAAGGACGGAGAAAGCCAAAACGACGAUGCGGGUUCUCGUGGACAGAACGCCUCAGACGCAGUGAAGAAACCCUGGGACCGAGCCAAUUCAGCCGAGAGAUCCUCACUGGUGUCCAGGGUCCGCCCCGUGGGCAGCAUCGGAGACUCAGACGCCUUAGACUUCGACAGAAUGAAACAGGAAAUCCUGGAAGAAGUGGUCCGUGAGCUGCACAAGGUGAAGGACGAGAUCAUCGACGCCAUUAGACAUGAACUCAGUAGAAUCAGCACCACAUAAUGUCCAGCUCGUCCUGAGCUCCUGUAGCGCCGGCCGCCGGACGCCCAAGGGACACUUGCACUGAUCUUUCUCCUGCUGUUCGUUCGUUUCGGUGGCGCUCUUUUCAAAGUCUUUUGCAGAAACUGAAGAAAACAGAACAAACAUCUGGAGUCCUUUUACUUUGUCUGCAUCAUCAUCAUCAUCAUCAUCAUUCUUCUUCUUCUUCUUCCUGCAGGUGUAGUUGUUGUAGUAGUAGUGUUUUCAUGUAGGUAGAGCUAGUCAUAGGAGGUGAUGAUGAUGAUAAUAAUAAUAAUGAUGAUGAUGAUGAUGAUGAUAUCAUUCACUUGAGCGUUUUCCUUUUCCUUAAGAUUCAUCGUAAGCACAUUUCUCAUUACCUCGGUUUUUUAAGGGUUUCUUUUUUUAACCUUUUUGCCAUAAAGAUGUGUUUAAUGAGCGUCCGGGCCGCUCCUGAGUCAUCACACACACACACACACACACACACACACACCACACGGAGUAUUUGUGAUCAUGUUGUUAAUAAAAUGUUUAUUGGCUGCGAGGACAUGUUGAAGUAUUGCUCUGUUUUAUCAUUUCUCUUUUUGACCAAGUGCUUCCUGGUUUGAAAAAAAAAAAAAAAUUAAUAAAAGAUAUACAUGACGUUUAAAAAGAAGUGAAAUAAAGUGUGAAGGAUGUGUUGGA